UUGUCAGACGACUUGCAGUGAGCGUCAGGAGCACGUCCAGGAACUCCUCAGCAGCGCCUCCUUCAGCUCCACAGCCAGACGCCCUCAGACAGCAAAGCCUACCCCCGCGCCGCGCCCUGCCCGCCGCUGCGAUGCUCGCCCGCGCCCUGCUGCUGUGCGCGGUCCUGGCGCUCAGCCAUACAGCAAAUCCUUGCUGUUCCCACCCAUGUCAAAACCGAGGUGUAUGUAUGAGUGUGGGAUUUGACCAGUAUAAGUGCGAUUGUACCCGGACAGGAUUCUAUGGAGAAAACUGCUCAACACCGGAAUUUUUGACAAGAAUAAAAUUAUUUCUGAAACCCACUCCAAACACAGUGCACUACAUACUUACCCACUUCAAGGGAUUUUGGAACGUUGUGAAUAACAUUCCCUUCCUUCGAAAUGCAAUUAUGAGUUAUGUGUUGACAUCCAGAUCACAUUUGAUUGACAGUCCACCAACUUACAAUGCUGACUAUGGCUACAAAAGCUGGGAAGCCUUCUCUAACCUCUCCUAUUAUACUAGAGCCCUUCCUCCUGUGCCUGAUGACUGCCCGACUCCCUUGGGUGUCAAAGGUAAAAAGCAGCUUCCUGAUUCAAAUGAGAUUGUGGAAAAAUUACUUCUAAGAAGAAAGUUCAUCCCUGAUCCCCAGGGCUCAAACAUGAUGUUUGCAUUCUUUGCCCAGCACUUCACGCAUCAGUUUUUCAAGACAGAUCAUAAGCGAGGGCCAGCUUUCACCAACGGGCUGGGCCAUGGGGUGGACUUAAAUCAUAUUUACGGUGAAACUCUGGCUAGACAGCAUAAACUGCGCCUUUUCAAGGAUGGAAAAAUGAAAUAUCAGAUAAUUGAUGGAGAGAUGUAUCCUCCCACAGUCAAAGAUACUCAGGCAGAGAUGAUCUACCCUCCUCAAGUCCCUGAGCAUCUACGGUUUGCUGUGGGGCAGGAGUUCUUUGGUCUGGUGCCUGGUCUGAUGAUGUAUGCCACAAUCUGGCUGCGGGAACACAACAGAGUAUGCGAUGUGCUUAAACAGGAGCAUCCUGAAUGGGGUGAUGAGCAGUUGUUCCAGACAAGCAGGCUAAUACUGAUAGGAGAGACUAUUAAGAUUGUGAUUGAAGAUUAUGUGCAACACUUGAGUGGCUAUCACUUCAAACUGAAAUUUGACCCAGAACUACUUUUCAACAAACAAUUCCAGUAUCAAAAUCGUAUUGCUGCUGAAUUUAACACCCUCUAUCACUGGCAUCCCCUUCUGCCUGACACCUUUCAAAUUCAUGACCAGAAAUACAACUAUCAACAGUUUAUCUACAACAACUCUAUAUUACUGGAACAUGGAAUUACCCAGUUUGUUGAAUCAUUCACCAGGCAAAUUGCUGGCAGGGUUGCUGGUGGUAGGAAUGUUCCACCCGCAGUACAGAAAGUAUCACAGGCUUCCAUUGACCAGAGCAGGCAGAUGAAAUACCAGUCUUUUAAUGAGUACCGCAAACGCUUUAUGCUGAAGCCCUAUGAAUCAUUUGAAGAACUUACAGGAGAAAAGGAAAUGUCUGCAGAGUUGGAAGCACUCUAUGGUGACAUCGAUGCUGUGGAGCUGUAUCCUGCCCUUCUGGUAGAAAAGCCUCGGCCAGAUGCCAUCUUUGGUGAGACCAUGGUAGAAGUUGGAGCACCAUUCUCCUUGAAAGGACUUAUGGGUAAUGUUAUAUGUUCUCCUGCCUACUGGAAGCCAAGCACUUUUGGUGGAGAAGUGGGUUUUCAAAUCAUCAACACUGCCUCAAUUCAGUCUCUCAUCUGCAAUAACGUGAAGGGCUGUCCCUUUACUUCAUUCAGUGUUCCAGAUCCAGAGCUCAUCAAAACAGUCACCAUCAAUGCAAGUUCUUCCCGCUCCGGACUAGAUGAUAUCAAUCCCACAGUACUACUAAAAGAACGUUCGACUGAACUGUAGAAGUCUAAUGAUCAUAUUUAUUUAUUUAUAUGAACCAUGUCUAUUAAUUUAAUUAUUUAAUAAUAUUUAUAUUAAACUCCUUAUGUUACUUAACAUCUUCUGUAACAGAAGUCAGUACUCCUGUUGCGGAGAAAGGAGUCAUACUUGUGAAGACUUUUAUGUCACUACUCUAAAGAUUUUGCUGUUGCUGUUAAGUUUGGAAAACAGUUUUUAUUCUGUUUUAUAAACCAGAGAGAAAUGA